AUGAUGUUUAAGUUGCUGAUUUUGGUGGUGUUUCUGUGUGUAUCACUCAGCACCACCUACGGUUACGAAUGUUCUGAGCGCGCAUCUGAUGGAUAUUGUGUGGUGGUUAACGUUACUGAGCCCUACGAACAUGCAACCUAUCCGCAGAACGAAACAUUGAUUUGGAUUCGCAACAGCACGAUUCCAGUGUUCAAUCGCACACUGUUCGCGCCGCUCGUUGAGGUAGAAUACCUCAUGAUACAUCGGCUCCAGAUCGAGCAGCUUCAUCUGGACGGUUGCGAGUCGUUGCAAGUUCUGUUUGCCUCGUAUAACGCAAUCGAUCGGGUCAGUGCGGUUGAGGGACUGCCACUGCGACAGUUACAUCUCUACCAUAAUCAACUCACCGACGUUAGCGCACUACGGACACUCGCCGAUAUCGAGCAGCUUUAUCUGCACGAUAAUCUGCUCGAAUCGCUACGCCUCGACACGUUCGUGCUGAUGCGAGAGCUUAAAAUACUCACCCUGCAGCGCAAUCGGCUGCGUACAAUCGUGACAGGAACGGCAAAUAAGCUACUGGUGUUGCCGCGAAUCGAGCAGCUGUUCCUGCAGUUCAAUCAGCUGCCCCAUCUCGACACCGGGCUGUGGCGUAUGGAGCGUCUCCGUGUGCUCGAUUUGAGUCAUAACCAGCUCGCCUACCUUCUCACCUUUCUCGAGGAAUUGCCCGCGCUGCGUACACUGGGGCUGCACCACAAUCCGUGGCAUUGUAGCUGGCUGUACGGGAUGCUGGAACGGUUGGAAGCCCGCGAACUUGACGGCGAUGAUGGUUCCAUUGGAUUCGAUGAAGAAGCGUCCUGUCCGGGCUUUCGGCUGGAUGAUCGAAUCUGUUGCAAUGAAAACGCUACGACACCCGAUCCAGUUCUGCUGCUCGUCAGUCGUAGCGGUAUCGUCGAUGAGCUCCGGCAGCAGAUUCGUGGUGCAACGCGACGAAUCGAAACACUCGAAGAAGCGCAACGGAAGCAGACCCAUCAGUUCGGUGAGCUGGCUGAAAGAUUUGCUACGAUAGAGCAGCUAUGUGGACAACGAGCCAAAGAAGCUAACUGAUGCUCGAGCGGGCGUAUUGGGAAAAGGAUAUGUCGGAAAAAAAUAUACUAAUACAUAGAAAGAAAAGAAAACACACAUAACAAACUGAAGCUUCUUCAAUUGUUGCUGCAUUAGGUGCAUCCUUUAUUCAUCCACGAAAAUGAUAAAUGAUGUUAUCUCCAUAUCCUAAU